CAGCAGUGGCUGGAGGGACUUUCUUGUCCCUGUUGUUGUGCCGUGUGGAGCAGGGAGUCCCAGUUGGUCCCUCUCUCAACUAAGCCCCCUCUGCCGUCCCCUGAGCCCAACCUCCUGUGUUAUUCUUUAACUUCCCUCAGUCAAUCCCCAGUUUUCCUCUCAAGAGCAACUACUCUGAUGUCCCCAUCUUUUGACUCCGGAGAGAACACAGGGAGUGAAGAAUGUGUGUGUAGUGCAGUUUGCAGAGAAAGAGAGUUGAAGGGACAAGGCUGAAGGGUGUUUUUUUGUGCCGUUGCAGCUGUCGAUCAGGAGUAGCUGAGCGGAAGUGCUCAGUGGUCGUCUUUUCUCGGCUGCUGUUCUUCUGGUCAUCUGGUCUGAGGCGAGAGGAAACAGCCGGCUAGAGAAAGUGGCCUCGUCAGGAUUUACCGUCUUUGGAUUGUUGUAGCUAUUUUCAAGUGGGGUGUUUCUGGAGGUUAGAGGUGUUAAGGCUGCAGGUGGUGCUGUAGUGAGGUUGUGUUUCCGUGCAGCAAGCUUUGGGAUCAGCAAGCGGCGGCGAAAGUGUCAAGACAGGCCGAAGAAAAAUGCUGGGAAAAGGACAGAGCGGCGGAUACCCCCCUGAGAUGGGAGAAGCCCUGCAGAGCAUCACUGCACCACCUUUGGACAGUAGUGAGAAGAAGGGCCUCCACCUGGGUGUUCACCUGCCAGCUCCUCAGCAGCAGAACCAGCAGCUUCUCCUGACUCCAGCAAGCCUCCAGCUCGCCCAGCUCCAGGCACAGCUUACUCUGCAUCGCCUUAAACUAGCUCAGGGAGGCAACACGGCUAAUGCUGCCAGCGUUCUCAAUCAGUUUCUCUCCAAUGUCAACAUGUCUCAACCCUUAUUCAAUCAGCUACGGACUUCAUCUGUGGUUGGGAAUCCACAAGGGGCUUUCCCCCCUGGUGUCAUAGGUUUUCCCUCUUCAGCCAUGGGGACCUUGGUGGGUGGUGGAUUUAACCAAAACCCAGGGAAUCUGAGACCAAAUCAUCCCUGCGGAGGCACCGCAACGGGUCAACAGGGUAGAGAGUAUGGCCAAAAAACUGGGUCAACUUACCCUUCUGACAGUGACAGACGUCUUCAGUACAACGUAGUUGGAGGGACGUCUACAGAGUCAGUAAGUGGUGGUGACGGACAAUACACAGCGAUUAACACUCAGGCUAAAACCAUUGCUGGUUUUCAGAGAGAUUUUUAUGGGCAAGAUAUGCAGGGGCAACCACCUGGGUUUAGCCCCAACGAGAAGAAAAAUAAUAUGUAUAACUCAUCUGGAAAGGUGGAUAUGAUUUCCAAUCAUCCCAUGGUAUGGACAGCAGCUGGGCAGCCCAUUCAGCCCAGAACAGAACUUUACAACCCAGAGGAGCCCACUUCUGAGCCUAAGUUAAAUUGCAGUGGUGGGGUUUCCACUUUUGGUUCAAGUGGUCCGAAGGGGUUUGGAAGUUACCAGCCCCUGCAUGGAAGUGAGGAAAGCUUGACCUCAGCUAUCAAGAAACUCCAGCCCUAUCAAGUGAAUGAUUAUUGUGCAGUCACACCCACUCAACUGCCACACCAGUGUAGCAUCUGUGACAAAAAGGUCUAUAACCUCAAGGACUGGGACCAGCACGUGAAGGGAAAAUUGCACCUGCAGAAUCGAACUUUGUACUCAAGUGAUGGCUCAGCGGUGGCAUCAGCUGGAGCCGUACACUAUGCUGUCAGUAGGCCUUCUGAUGGAGGUCUGAACCCUGGAGCUACGAACCCUAUCGUCUGCUCUGCUGCAAAUCAAGAUGUAUCUUCCGGCGCUAAUACAUCAUACAUACCAGCUGCAGCCAUGAAAAUAUAUCCCCAGCCAGAAACAGGAUUCGCCUCUCAACAAUCCGAGUUAAAGCCAUUUCCUCCCAGAAAGACCUCCCCAGGCCGUGUUGUUCACAUCUGCAACCUCCCUGAAGGCAGCUGCACAGAGAAUGACGUCAUCAACUUAGGACUGCCCUUCGGCAAAGUCACCAACUACAUCCUGAUGCGAUCGACCCACCAGGCAUUUCUGGAGAUGGCAUAUGUUGAAGCUGCUCAGGCAAUGGUUCAGUACUACCAACUGACUCCAGCUACGAUUAACAAUCAGAAAGUCCUCAUACGGAUGUCUAAGCGGUACAAGGAGCUGCAGCUGAAGAAACCAGGCAAAGAUGUUCAAACAAUCAUUCACGAUAUUACCUCACAACGAGAAAGGGAUGAGAUGCAAGAACUUGAACCUUACAUGCCUGAAAGAGCACGCUCCCGCAGUCCCAUCAGCCGCUCUCUGAGUCCCCGUUCCCACAGUCCCAGUUUUACGUCAUGCAGCUCUACUCACAGCCCCCAGGGGCCCCCCUGCAGAGGUCCAGAGAGAGGGAGCAAUGGCCUGGGCCCCAAUCGGGGCUCUUGGGACUGGCUGCCACACCAAAGGAGGGGUGAGGAUGACAGGGAGUGGGAAGAUCCUUGGAGAAAUGGAGGCAGCGUAGAUGAAGAUCGGCCCAACGGUCGGGCGGCUGACCGUCGGAAAACCUACCAGAAACACUCAGAUCAUCUCAGCUUGAGGUCGGCAGAUGAGCGAGGAGGAAGUGAAGCGACGAGGGUUAACAGAGACCGGCACACACGAGGCAGCCCUCAAGGGUCAUCCUUCAACUCUUACAGGAACAUGGAAGAUGAUUUCUACAUGGAACAAGUGUACAAGUCAGAAAAGCCUCUCAGGUCUUCUUACCAGCGGCAUGACACAAAGUCAAAGAGGAGGGAUGGUGGCGACUACCAUGCUCGGUCGAGGCAUUCUGAAUUUGAGAUGAGUGAAGAGCCACCAUGCAGAACAGCAGAAGACAAGAGGCAGGUGUCACCAGGAAGGAGCAGGAGCAAAAAGUCGAGCAAGAGGCACACGGGUUCAGAGAAACAGGAGAGAGAAAACACUGAAAACACUGAUCACCAAUCAAAAGAAAAAUCAAAUUCACCCCAACAAAGCAAUAAGCCAAAAGAGGCUACUGAAUGUAGUAAAGAUACGACAAAGGAGGGUGAGAGUGGUGACAACACAGAUGAGGAGUGUUGGUAUCCUAAGAACAUGGAGGAGCUGGUCACUGUAGAUGAAGUAGGGGAAGAUGAUUCCAUAAUUGAGCCAGACCUCUCUGAGCUAGAGGAGUUCGCUUCCUGCCCCAAAGAGUCUGGAGAAGAAGAAUCACUGGAAAAGCAUGCAUCCCCGUCUACAUCGUCUGUCGAGGCGCAGGACAAAUCCAAGGAGAAAUGUGAGCAGGAGAAGUCUCAGGAGGAAGCAGGAGGGCAGAAGGAGACGUCUGUAAGUGAGAGAGCAGGUGGUGAAAUAACUGAAUCCAGUCCUGAAGACCAGAAAAUGACACCAGCAUCUUCUGAACAACCGGUCACCAACCUCAGUGAAUUCCCAGGUGAAGAGUUCAAAGCUGCGCUGGAGGAGACAUGCAAAGAGGACGGUAAAGUACCAAAGAAUGAGCCCGCAGAAGAUCCAGUGGAAAAUCAUACAUGCUUACCAGAGGACAGUCAGAGCAAGAAAGAAGGGCAGACCAUGGAAGUUAUCAAUAAUGGAGUUCAACAAAGGGACAACGUCAUAAAAAAAGAUAUUAAAGCCCCCUCACCAUCUGUGGAGCAAGACAAAGCUGUGAGUGAACACAGCAUCCCUUUGGGAGUGGAGUUUAUCGUGCCGAGGACAGGCUUCUUCUGUCAACUCUGUGGACUCUUCUACACCAGUGAGAACACUGCUAAGAGCACUCACUGCCGCAGCGCCGUACACUACAGGAACCUACAGAAAUAUCUGUCCCGGCUGGCGGAGGAAAAUCUGCCUGGUGCACUCAGUGAAACCUCUGCUGUACAGUGACAACAGCUUAACCUCUCACCUCCGGCUCAGCGAGCAGCAGGGGGAAGAUUUGUGUACGUGUGCAGUUUGUGUUGAAGCUAUGGAGAACUACCAAAUGGAUAAUGUGACACAGAGAAGCUUGAAUUUGUGAACAACGGAAAUAACUGUCUGUAGGGGGACGCUACUAGUUCUUGAACUGUUCAUUUUUGUACAUAUUUGAAGUGAAAUGUAUAGUGAGGCUAUAAUAUUUAAAUCUUUCUUUUGUUUUCUGUGGAUUUAUCAUUUUUCUUACGGCUUUGUGUUAUAGUGUUGUGUGAGAUAAAAUGACUUCUGAGAGGGCAAUAUUUUACAGUUAGGGUUAAAAUAGCUAAUUUGAUGGGUAUAUAUCAUUUUAAAUUUUGUGCCUGGAUUAUCCAAACAUCAGUGUCGCAUUUAUACCAUAGUUUAAAAAUAACUUGAAUGUGUUAUGUGGAUGUGAAUGUGAUACGCUUCAGAGUUAAAUUAGCCAUGUCAGGAGCCAGGGGGAAAAAAAUACGAAUAUUUGCUUUUUAUCUUGGAUCUACAUUUAAUGCCUACAUCAGAUUGUUUUAGUUGCUUACUCGGUUGUUUCACUUUAUCUCUAGCUUCUCUACUUGUAUUUAGUUGCGGCAUGAGCUCUCAGGGGCAUUUUUUUUCUUUCUAUUUUUUUUCCUCUGUUAAAAAAAACAGAGGCACAUUCUCAGGUUUGUUGUAAUUGUUUAAUAGAUUUAAUUAUGCUAAUUGCUGCACCUAAGUUAUUUAUAUCUGUGGCUUUGCUGUUGUUUUUCGUUUGUGCUCUCUCUGAUUGUACAUUGCCAUAUUUGUCUGUGUAGUAAAACUCACAGAAUUUCGAUUAGUGAUGAAACUAUGAUUUUUUUUUCAUUAGGUUUUUUUCUUUCUUUUUAAAUUCAAUUUAAUUCGUGAAACAAAAGCAGUCAUAUGUGUAAUUUUAUGUCAUACCUAAAACACCAAAAGCCUUUAACUGGACCACAUGUUGAUAAUUUAAACAUCAAGAGUUUUUUGUUUAGUUUAGUUUACACAGCAGCACCAAGCCAAACCCUGUUUUUGUAUACUGUGAAUGCUGAUCCUGUGACAUCAAUGAUACUUUUGUUUUCAUGGGUGAACUUUUCAUAUGACCUGUGAUGCAAUAAAAAAAUUAAUAAAAAAAAUGUAACAAAUA